AUGUCCAAGGAACUGCGGGAAUAUCCGAUGGUGACAUCUACAGAUUUACGAUCCCGCCCCCAUCGACCAAGACGUGUGAAGAUGCUGGCGAGGGAUUUUAUUGAAGACAGCUUGUAUAAUCCUCAUUACGGCUACUUCUCCAAGCACGCGACCAUCUUCGGUCCUGGGGAGCCUUUCGAUUUCAACAAUAUGGCCGACGGACCCGAAUUUAAUCGGCUACUAGGCCAGCGAUAUCAGGAAUUUGAGGACAAAUUGGAUGCCGUGGAAUACGAUGAGAGUCGCCAAUUAUGGCACACACCGACAGAGCUCUUCCGCCCAUACUAUGGCGAAGCAAUUGCUCGGUAUCUUGUUGCAAACUACAAACUUACGCUAUUUCCAUACCACGACUUAACCAUAUACGAAAUGGGGGCCGGAAAUGGGACUCUGAUGCUCAAUGUAUUGGAUUACAUACGAGAUGUGGAUCCUGAAGUCUAUCAGCGCACAAAAUUCAAAAUCAUUGAGAUUUCGCCCUCUCUUGCCGAUCUUCAACAGCAGAACCUGAAUAAGUCCAUUCACUCCAGCGGACAUAGGGGCCAUGUGGAGAUCAUAAAUCGCUCCAUAUUCGACUGGAAUACCUACGUGCAUUCUCCUUGUUUCUUCCUUGCGCUCGAGGUCUUUGAUAAUUUCAGCCAUGAUGCAAUCCGUUACGAUCUAGAAACCGGAGAUCCCAGGCAAGGGUGCGUCCUGAUCGACACUGAUGGUGAAUUUUAUGAAUAUUACGUCCCGAACCUAGACAGUGUGGCUUCGAGAUAUCUUCGAGUUCGUAAGGCUGCUGCGCGACGACCGUUCGCUACCCCACUUCGCUCUCCUGUUGCAAGAAAAAUACAAGCCGCCCUUCCGUUUGCGCCGAACAUGACAUUACCGGAAUAUAUACCCACCCGCCUGAUGCAGUUUUUCGAUAUCCUGCAUGACUACUUCCCCGCCCAUCGGCUUGUUACGAGCGACUUUAACAGCCUUCCAGAUGCAGCGCCUGGUUACAACGCCCCAGUUGUUCAGACACGAUAUCAACGCACAACCGUCCCAGUCUCAACUCCAUUUGUCCACCAAGGCUACUUCGACAUAUUCUUCCCAACGGACUUCGACCUGAUGGAAGACGUAUACCGCGCCAUCACCGGCAAGCUGACGCGGGUAUCCAGUCACGCUGAUUUUCUCGAACGCUGGGCAUAUGUCGAAGACACGGAAACGCGCAGCGGCGAGAACCCGUUAUUGAAUUGGUAUAAAAAUGCCAGUGUUAUGACAACAGCUUGA